AUGAUGGUCUCAGGUACUACUACUAGAAGCGACACUGCUUCUCAGUGCUCGGACAGCGAGCAUUUGGCCCAGUUCGACCAAGUCCGCAAGAUCUUACAACUGCAAAACCUACCAGCGUUUGCCUUGAAGAUUCGCUAUGGAGAUGCCGUCCCUGCUGACCCGUCCUGUCGCGUCGUCCCUGACCCUCUCUCCGGCACUUAUCAUAUUCUCUUCAAGCUCGAGUUCGACGAUGGGGUGCACUGGCUCCUCAAAGUCCCCGCUAAUGGUUAUCCCGACGCCUUUGACGCCGUUUCUGCCCGCGCCCUCCGGUCUGAAGCACUGACGAUGCGUUUAAUCCAAAGGAAAACCAAAGCACCCGUUCCAACCGUGUAUCAUUUCGACGAUACCCUAAACAACGAGCUCCACUGUCCCUUUAUCCUGAUGGAAUAUGUCGACGGCCGCCCAUUGUACGAAAUUUGGUUCGAUCAAAAUGUCGACCCCGAGGUACUCGAAAAACGUCGCUGUCGUGCGUUGGAUGGCGUGGCGCGAGCAAUGUUGGAGCUCGGCAAGUUUGUCUUCGACGAGGCUGGGGAGAUACUCUUCGAUCAUAAUGACGGUCCAUGCUGCAUCGGGCCGAUGAAGAUGCUGGAUAUCCAAGCCAUGCUGGGGCAGGACGAUGAUGAUGAUGAUUCCACAAUCUUCUGUUCCGUUGGGCCCUUCCGCAGCGCAAAAUCGUGGUUUACCUGCAUGCUUGACAGGCGCGAACCACCCCCGGAUGAGUACAGUCUUGGAGUCUACAGUGUGCUUCGUUUGUUCAUUGACCUAGCCUUUCCCGAGACGCAAAGUGGAGAGAAGACGGAUUUUGUUCUCUCCCACCCUGAUUUCGAUAUUCAGAACGUCCUCGUGUCCGACGACGGCAGCCUACGUUCACUCAUCGAUUGGGAUGGGGUGAGCACGGUACCUCGCUGUCUAGGAAAUGAGGUAUAUCCAAGCUGGUUAACGCGUGACUGGAAUCCGGUAACUUACACAUUCGAUGAAAGCGCUACGCCUGGAUCGGACUGCCAGAAUAACCAUGAAAACUCACCGAGGGAGCUUGAGCACUACCGCAAGAUAUAUCAGAAGCUCAUCGAGAAGAUAUUGGAAUUCCCUGCCGCGUCGAAAAGGAUGGCAGCCAACUCCCUGGUCCUCCGCAACCUCUACAUCGCCGCUACAGACCCUGUUUGUACGCACGCUAUUGUUCGGAGGAUCUUUGAGGAGAUUACGUCGAGGACGGCCCCUGUUAAAUCCUCUACAGAGCAUAAAGGUGAAAACGGAUCCAAUAAUGGUGACAACUGCAACAACGGCGCCGAUAGCCGUGGCGAUGGCGACCAUACACAUGUUGAUGAGGGUGACGAUGACUUCUUCAUCUAUGAUGUUUUCACCAAGUUCCGACGCGGCAACCUAAGUGAACGGAACCUACAGCGUCUUACACGUGGAUUUCAAGCGCUGUUGAUAUGA